AUGGCCUUCGACCCCUUCACCCUCGAAGACAUGCAGAGCGACAUCGUUAUUUGCAGCUUCCAGCGCCGCGGCCAAUUCAACCGCCUGGCGAAUGUCACCUUCUCUAAGAACAUGAAGGAGCAAAAGGGCACCGGCAUUUGGCGCUCGAGCAUGAUAAGACCCGUGCCGAGCCCUUUGACUGCAUUCUCCGCUAUCGACCCCAGACUAUCGGAGAGCUCCGACAGUGCAUUGUGUUGCGACACCCAUGGGGUGCCUAGUUAG